AUGUCCGCCUUAGAUAUCAGAAUCCCUCUCAACAACGGCACUUCCAUUCCCGCCGUGGGAAUGGGCACUGUCUGUCCUGAAGACAAAAAGGGUCCGUUCAAAAAAGCUAUUGUCACUGCGAUUGUGGACGCCGGUUACCGUCAUCUUGACACCGCUUGGUUUUACGGUGUGGAGGAAGAUUUGGGCGAUAUUUUACAGGAAUUGUUCCAGGAGGGCAAGAUUAAGAGAGAAGAGCUGUUCAUCACGACCAAGUGCUGGCCUUCGUUGUGGAACAACCCGGAGAAAUCUUUGAACGACUCGUUGAAGAGUCUCAAGCUGGACUAUGUGGAUCUGUUUCUGCAACACUGGCCGCUCACGUUCAAGUCGGACGCCAAUGGCCAGCCUCCGGUUCCUAGGGACGACAAUGGCAAGGUUAUCUUUGACGAUGGCGAUUUCCUAGACACGUACAAGAAGAUGAUCGACAUUUACAAAAACACCGAUAAGGUCAAGGCGAUCGGUGUUUCCAACUACAGCAUCGGCAAUUUGGAAAGAUUGCUCAAGGAAACCGAUGUAGUUCCUGCAGUCAACCAGUUCGAGCUACACCCUCAAUUGCCAUUGCAGGACCUCGUGGACUUCUGUCAGGACCACAAGAUUGUCGUUGAGGCUUACAGUGCUUUUGGCUCUGGCGGAGCACCGGUCACUAAAUUGCCAUUGGUUAAUGAGUUGGCUAAAAAGUACAAUGUUACUCCAGCAGACAUCUUGAUCAAUUACCACACUGUCUCUGGCCGUGUUGUUCUCCCUCGUUCUCAGAACCCUGAGAGAAUCAAGAAAGGUUACCCAAAAGUGCCAUUGACCAAAGAGGACCUUGAGAAUCUGGCCGAGAUCGGCGAAUUGAAGCCAACUCGGUACAUUAAGGAGGACUGGGGAAAAGACAUCGGUAUGCCUUACUGGUGA